AUGAGUUUCAGAGACGCACUCAAAGCGUACCUAGUCAACCCUGGUGACUAUCCAGAAGAUGUUAUUUUCCAUGAUGAAGAGGUUGUCAUAAUAAGAGACCGCUUUCCCAAAAGUCAAUGCCAUUACUUGGUUCUGAUCAGAGACCUUUCAGAAUCAAGGAAGAAGCCAUGGGCUUUGAGCACAGAGAUCAAGCUUAAGCUACAGCCGUACAUCGAGUGGGCGUUGAACCACGCCUUCGAGUCAUUUACAAAAGAAUAUGAAUGGAAAGGGACGAAAGUUGCGCCAUUCGCAAAUAAGGCUCAGUUCCAUAAUAAAAACUACUUCUUCGAGAAUUUCACUAAAGUGGGCAUUCACAGUGUACCUUCGUUGAACAAUCUACACGUUCAUGUCAUGACGAAAGAUUUUCAUUCUGAAAGGCUCAAAAACAAGAAACACUACAACUCUUUCAACACUGAGUUUUUUGUCUCGUGGGACAAACUACCAUUAGAGAGUGUAGAUGUUAAGUACAUGGAGGAGACAGUGAUCAAGAAAAGAGAUUUGAAAUGCUGCUAUUGCAACGAGAACUUCAAAAAUCGGUUUUCACAACUGAAAUUGCACCUUGAUCAUGAAUUUGCGAAAAGAUUCGUUAAAUGCUCUAUGUAA